UAUAAGCCACAGAUUUCGAAUUCCUCCUGCUCUCGUCUCCUCCCUUCGAUUCUCCGCCCGUUUCAGUUUCAGAUCAGCGCAGGAGGGAAGAGGAUGGCCACCUUCGAGCUGUACCGGAGGUCCACCAUCGGCAUGUGCCUCACCGACACGCUGGACGACAUGGUCUCCAGUGGCGCGCUCAGCCCCGAGCUCGCCAUCCAAGUACUCGUGCAGUUUGACAAGUCCAUGACUAGCGCUUUGGAGCAUCAGGUCAAGAGCAAGGUUACCGUCAAGGGCCAUCUACACACCUACAGGUUCUGCGACAACGUGUGGACUUUCAUCCUAAGAGAUGCAACUUUCAAGAACGAAGAGAUGACAGAAACAAUUAACAAGGUGAAGAUCGUGGCCUGCGAUUCCAAAUUGCUGGAGGCUAAAGAAGAGUAACUUGACUUGGCCUACCUGAACUAUAAAUUUGCAUCUGCUUUCCUAGUUCAUGUCGAUAUGUCGUGAAUCUGAACAGUUCAUGGCUGCGUCUGCCUGCCAUCGGCAUCCCUCAUGGAGUAAUUUGUCUCAUAUGUUGAUAAUCUGAUAUGAAAGAACAAAUGAGAAAUAAUUUCUAUCCUAUGAUAAUCUGACAUGAAAUAGUGUUGAACUGAAUGUUCGGAUU